CAACAGCCCAACUUCUCGUCGUGCUGUUCCCAUCUUUCCUUUCCUCUUCCCUUCCCCGUCGAUCUCGUCGGCGACGCCACUACCUCGCCGUCCGGUCCCACCACCCGCCUCCGACUCCUGCGACCCAGCCACGGAUCCCGAGGAUACGGGCCGAGUCCGGCGAUGGGGGUGGUGGUAGAGCGGGAGGAGUGGGCACUCAGCCCCUUCGCCUACCCGCUCCUCUCCGCCGCCGCCCUCGCCGCGGUGCUCCUCCUCCCUUACCUUUCCCCGAGGACUGCGGCGCACGCCACCGGACCCUCGUCCCCCUUCGACGUGGGAGCCGCACCCUUCCUCCGGUUCCGCCGCGCCUUCCUCGUCCUCUUCUCCCUCGCGUCCGUGGUUGAAGGUAUCCAUUCCGUGUUUGGGGAGGAUGAGUUCGUGCGGUGUGGGCUUGGCAGAGAGCAGACGACCGCGCGCCUUGCCUCUACCACUGCAGCUGCGCUGUUCCCCGGUGCCAUUUCUGGCGUCAUCUCCGACAAAAUAGGACCACGAAGGGCUUGCAUAUUGUAUUGGGUACUUCAGCUUGCAGUAGGUGUUGUGAAGAGUUUCAGUGCGCUUCGCUGUUCAUGGAUCAACAAUUUCAUUCUGGCUUUUGCCUCUUCAGUGUUCUCUUUCUGUUUUGAGACGUGGCUUGUGCUGGAGCAUGAGAAGCAAGACCAGAAGCAAGAUCUGCUGUUUGAUACCUUCUGGCUGAUGACAUUCUUUGAAUCGGUGUCCCUUGUCGGAAGUCAAGAAAUCACAAAUGUAUUGGUUAGUGAUGAUGACAGUAGAUUCUUGCUUCCCUAUGCAUUUGCAGCCACACUAUCGGUAGUGGGCAUUCUGUAUAUCAGAAAUGCAUCAAGUACAUGUCAGCAUGCAUCUGCCAUUGGGAGCUACCAAAAAUCAUUUCUUGCUCAUGUCCUCAGAGACAAAAGAGUACUGAUCCUGGUCUUAGCUCAAGCAAGCAUCCAUUUUGCUGUCUCAGCCUUUUGGUUUCUCUGGGCACCAACCAUAGUGGCUGACGGAAGGUAUGCUCAACUGUCAGUAAUCUACCCCUGUUUCUUGGCAUCAAGGAUGCUUGGAAGUGCUGGUUUUCCAUGGUUUUACGGAGCCAUAGCCCCCUUCCGGAACGAGGACAGCUUGACAAUAGCUUACGUUGGUGCUGGACUCGCUUUGUCGAUUGUGGCUUAUGAUUACCAGGAGAUUGCACCACUGGUGAUAGUGUUCUGCAUCUUCCAUGCCUGUGUGGGCUUCAUUUUGCCGUCACUGGCCAGAUUGCGAACAAUGUACCUGCCAAAUGAGCUGCGAGGGGGCAUGAUGAGCUUUUCAAUGUCACUGGCAAAUGCCGCCACCUUCGUUUUCUUGAUACAGGGCAGCGCCCACCAUCGACACGUUGCAAACUCAACCAUCCUGAGCCUUGCGUCCUAUGGCCUGUUAGGAGCUGGGGGCUGCGUCCAUAUGUUGAGGAGGUGGAGGAAGCACACUCGGCUGAAUGCCCGUAGUCUGUAGGAGCUGGAGGCACCCAAUGAAUGCUAUACACACUGCAGGGUGAGCUUGAGAGCGGUUUCUGUAGCAUGCUAGUAUCUCACGUUUUGUUUAUCUGACUUUUUCUGGAAAUAUCAGGAGGUAGGUGUAGGAUACUACUUUUGUUGUUGUUCAAAGAAAUUGUUGAAAUUGAAGGUUGACAAAAAAUCUGUGUACAUGCGUCGGGGCCAUCAAACUAACGUCUGACUUUGAUUUUUAGCAAUUAAACUCGAAAGC